AUGGCCAAUUAUUUUUUAGGAAUCCAAAAUGGCGGCAGAGCACUGAGCACCAGCAGAAGGAGCCACAAGCUGUGCAUUGCUGAUAGCUCCAAACAAGGUACUCAGGGCCAGUCACCAACAGCGUUGGUGAAAUUGCCAGAGAAGUGGGAGAGUGUGAAACUCUUAUAUGUGAAAACUGAGAGAUCAGUUGCCCUUCCUAUCUUUUCUUCAUUUGUCAGCAGUUGGGAUGAAGCUAAAGGAGUGAACAUUUCUAGUCUGAAGAAACAAGAAGUAAAGAAAAUAUCAAAACAAAAAGAACAAAAAAAGAGACGAAAGGAGAAGAAAAGAAACAGAAAGCCUAUGAAACAGGGUAGAAAGUCUACAUCAGCCCUACCUACAGAGGAGAUGGCCUCUAAAACUUGUGGUUCUCCAGUGAAGGGCCCUGGACCCCAGAAGAAAGAGACCCCUAAGCCUGAGAAGAAAGAGACCUGCAGAAUAAAAACAGAAAAUAAAGUGCAAGUUGAAUCUGAAGAAGAAAUUCCAUUACUGGUCCCAAUAGGAAAAACUCCUGUCAAAGAAAAUGUAGAGGUGCCGAAACAUGCCACAGGAGAGAAGUCUCCAGUAAAGAGUCCUGGCUCCAACCCACCUCGUGGGAAGAAGAGAAAGGCCUUUCCAGCUUCGGAGAUGCCGAAAGCACCAGAGCCCAAGACCCCAGGUAAAGGCCCAGGGAAGAAGCCAAGAGUCAAAGAAAAAGUGGAGAAGCAAAGAAACUCUCCUUUGGGGAAAAAAGACCCAAGACAGAUGCCCAAAGAGCCAGAGGCCAAGUUCUUCACUACAGCUAAUAAAUCUGCAAGAAAAGCUUCCCACACCCCCAAACAGUGGCCCCCAAAACCCAAAGUGCCCCAGCUGACCUAAAGUCAGUGACUUGGCCAGGAGGAAACAUCAGAGCUGCCUGGAAAGCUUUUGAAAAAUACCUGGGUCCUGACCCCUGUCACAACCUUCUCCAAGAGUGAGACCUGGACUUAAAACCUCACAAGUGAUUCUGAUGUAUGUUUGUGGGUGUAAGAACCAGUAGUUUGAAGAAUCCAUUUUUUAAAUUGUUCUUUCAUGUAUUAGCUAAUAUAAUAGAAAUUACAGUGCUUUUAUUAAAGUGUAACAUUUGCUCCUGAGUAAACUA